GCAUGCGUGACAGCAGAAGCUCGUCCGCAGACAGUGCUUCGGGAAUUAGCAGUGGACGGAAGUGGCACAAAUAACACUGUUUUAUCCCUGUUUAUUUGCGCCCAGCAGUAGAAACGUCUAAUACUCCACAAUGAAUCCUGAUAUUAUCAGAGAACGGCAGAAUGCCACUUUUGAUGUUGAGACACUCACCAACAUUCUGGACCUCGGCCCAGAAAAGACUAAAAGAAGACGAGAAAUCGAGUCACUGGUUCUCAGCGAUCCAGACUUCAAUGAAAAAGAUCCAAACUUCCUGGCUCGCAGUGAACGUUAUGACCAAGCUGUUCGGAAAAGUGCAGCAAUGAUCCUGAAACUCAGGGAGUAUGGCAUUUCUGAUCCAGAGGAGAUCCUUUUCUACAAAAGACUUGCAAAAGGACACCACCCUGAGGCCUUGGCGUUACAUUUUGUCAUGUUUCUCCCGACUCUAUACGCCCAGUGUGACCCAAAGCAGUCCAGGAAAUGGUUACCUCUGGCGGAGUCCUUCCAGGUUCUGGGCACAUAUGCCCAGACUGAAAUGGGUCAUGGCACGCACCUCAGAGGGUUGGAGACCACGGCCACAUAUGACCCCGCCACCCAGGAGUUUGUCAUGAACAGUCCAACGGUCAGCUCCAUUAAAUGGUGGCCUGGAGGACUUGGAAAGACCUCAAACCAUGCAGUUGUCCUAGCCCAGCUGUUCACACAGGGUAUAUGUCACGGUCUGCAUGCUUUCAUCGUCCCUAUUCGUGAUCUGGACACACAUGAGCCUCUGCCAGGUAUAACAGUUGGAGAUAUUGGGCCCAAGUUUGGCUUCAGCGAAGUUGACAAUGGCUUCCUGAAACUGAACCACGUACGAAUCCCACGGGAGAACAUGCUGAUGAAAUAUGCCAAGGUGGAUCUAGAUGGAACCUAUGUGAAGCCACCAAGUGACAAACUGAUGUAUGGCACCAUGGUGUUCAUCCGCUCUCUGAUUGUGGGUGAAUCAGCUCGGGCACUUGCCAAGUCCUGCACCAUUGCCAUCCGCUACAGUGUUGUUCGCCACCAGUCUGAAAUACAGCCGGGAGAGCCAGAGCCCCAGAUCCUGGACUUCCAGACGCAGCAGGAUAAACUCUUCCCUCUGCUGGCCAUGGCCUAUGCUUUCACUUUCAUGGGACAGUACAUUAGGGAAACCUACCAGCGCAUCACUGGAGAUAUCAGCAUGGGAGACUUCAGUGAAAUGCCUGAGCUCCACGCUCUGUCUGCGGGUUUGAAAGCCUUCACCACCUGGGCAGUCAGCAGUGCCAUAGAGGUGUGCCGCAUGGCGUGCGGUGGCCAUGGCUACUCUCGCAGCAGUGCUUUGCCGGACAUUUACGUGGAUAUCACUCCUAACUGCACCUACGAGGGCGAGAACACUGUCAUGAUGCUGCAGACGGCGAGAUACCUGGUAAAGAGUUACCAGCAGGCUAAAGCUGGCCAACGACUGAGUGGCACCGUGUCGUACCUGGGUGAAGCCAGGCAACAGAGGCUGCAGCCCCAGCCUAUGGCUGCUGGACAGACCGUGGUUGACAUCAGUGACCUGGCCAGUCUGGUGGACGUCUACAAGCUCCGAGCCAUGAGCUUAGUGGAGCUGGCGGCCAACAGCAUCCAGGAGGAGUUGGGGAAAAGAAAGAGUCAUGCCCAUGCCUGGAACAACAGUGCUAUUGACCUGGUCAGAGCUUCAGAUGCUCAUUGUCACUAUGUUGUGGUGAAGGUGUUCACUGAGAAGCUCGGGCAGAUCAGUGACCCGGCCAUACACUCGGUGCUGUCAACACUGGCUCAACUCUACGCUCUGCGAGGCAUCAAACAAAACUCUGGGGACUUCAUGUUGGCUGGACUGCUGAAAGGUUCACAGGUGCUGCAGAUUUCUGCUCGUAUAAAGGAGCUCCUGUCCCAGCUGAGGCCCAACGCAGUGGCGCUCGUGGAUUCUUUCGACUUCAACGACAAGAGCUUGAAUUCAGUGCUGGGCCGAUAUGACGGCAACGUCUAUGAGAACUUGUUUGAAUGGGCUCGCAAAUCGCCGCUGAACGCCACAGAGGUCCACGAGUCUUUCCAUAAGUACCUGAAACCACUGCGAUCCAAACUGUGAGCUGACAAACCCCGCUUUGAUAAUACGUUCGUGACUAAACAAUCAGUAGACUCAUUGUCAUACAUUGUCAUUUGAUUACAAAGAAACACUUUAAUUGAGAAGCUAGUUGGCCACGGUACCUUUUAAGAAAUUCCGUUGUUACAAUUUAUUAUUUUAUCUUUUUAUUUCUUGGCAUUUUAGUACUCUUCUUGCCUGAUUGCACCUUUGUAGACUGAAGUAAAAACUGAUUUACAAUGUUGUUCUAAUAACUUUUUAUAACAACACAGUGCAUACAGUAGAUAAAGUCAUGUUUGGGGUUUUUCUUGUCUACAAGGACCAACAUUUCCAAGCUUUUUUCAAUCUUCAAAUGUAGUAUUUCUUUGGUUCACGUCAACAUUCUGAUCCUUGUAUAAAGAACAGAGAAGCUGAACAGUGCCAGCAAAUGAAAGGUAUUUAUUCCAAAUCUGUCCGAAAACCAUUUCAUGAGAACCACUUUUGGUUUUAACUCUUGCAUGUAAUUUUGUAACAGUAUUGUACAAAUUGAGCCUAAUAUUUCUGUGCCUUCAGUAAAUAUAAAAUUUAUCAUGGAAAAAUGUCAUUGAGUUAAUAGUUAAACCUUCAUCAGAAGUUGUCAUUAUUCACAAAUUAGUGGAUACAUUUCUGACAGCUAUUGAAUGUUAAAAAAAUCCUCCUGAUCACAGUACACACUGCACAGAUGCCUGUGUAGUAUGAGUCCCAAUGUCAACCUCUUUAUUUAUCCAAAUAUGUACUGAUUUUAUAGCUUGUUCAUCAUGCUGUAAUGCUCACUAAAUAAUUACUUGUAUGAAAUCACAACUGGAUUUUGUUUAAAUCCAAUGACAUUUGGAGUGUUCAGUUUCAGAACUGUCAAAUUUGUCUGAGUGUGUAUGGGGGGGGGGAUUAAACUGUAAAAUGAAAUGUAAAAAUACAUCCAGAUGUCUAUUGUCAUCAGGGUGUCAGGGUGAGGUUAUUUUUUUCCUGAGAGCCUUGUAAUAAAUUGUCCCUGGGUUAUUUUCUUACUGGGUGAUGUCUAAUCUAAAAUUCAAUACUGUACUUGGACUUUAUAAUCUGGUGUAUGUAUGUGUUGACUAGUCUUUGUUGAAUAAUUGUUUUGUUAAUGAUUCUAAAUCUAACUUAUGUUAAUAAAAAUUAAAUAAUGAA